GAUGAGACGUGGAGUGAUGGAGUCGUCCAUUUUCUUCACCACCCUUCCUUUUUCAAUAAUUAAAUCGAAUCAGACUCCAUUAAUCUCCUCCAUCUCUUCCCCGAUCUGAUGCAAAUACCACAUCACUCUCCAGCUGUUCCCACCUAACGCUACUACUGGAUCUUCUCUCAUUCCACACCCUUAUAUCAAAUCGUUUAUCCCCAACAGUCUCUUUCUUCAGUUUCUGCUCAAAUUUCACUAUUUCUUGCCAAACUAUACCAAAAAGAAUGGAGCCCUGAAAGCAAAAGCAAAAGGGUGAUAGGGGGUUUUUCUUGAUUUUGAUGUUGAAUGGCGUCCCACAGCUGGAAGGAUGCUUACAGGGGCAUGUCUGUGGAUAAUAUCAAGGGUUUGGUUUUAGCAUUGUCGUCCAGUUUGUUUAUUGGUGCUAGCUUCAUUGUUAAGAAGAAGGGUCUUAAGAAAGCAGGCGCCUCUGGUAUUAGAGCAGGAGUUGGAGGAUAUUCAUACUUAUACGAGCCUCUAUGGUGGGUAGGCAUGAUAACGAUGAUUGUUGGAGAAAUUGCAAAUUUUGCAGCUUAUGCGUUUGCACCAGCUAUUCUGGUCACUCCUCUUGGCGCACUCAGCAUUAUCAUCAGUGCUGUACUUGCACAUAUUAUAUUACGAGAGAAGCUACAUAUUUUUGGAGUUCUUGGUUGUGUUCUAUGUGUUGUGGGUUCCAUCACAAUCGUCCUACAUGCUCCUCAGGAACGUCCAAUUGAAUCAGUAACAGAAGUAUGGGAUCUUGCUACUGAGCCAGCUUUUGUCCUAUACGCAGUAUUGGUGUUGAUAGCUGUUUUUAUACUUGUAUUUCACUAUAUACCAUCAUAUGGCCAGACACACAUAAUGUGCUACAUUGGAGUUUGUUCGCUGGUUGGUUCAUUGUCGGUCAUGAGCGUAAAAGCUAUUGGCAUUGCGUUGAAGCUUACAUUAUCAGGAAUGAAUCAGCUAGUAUUUCCCCAGACAUGGGCUUUCACCUUCAUUGUUUUGCUUUGUAUCAUCACUCAAAUGAACUAUUUAAACAAGGCACUUGACACAUUCAAUACAGCUGUUGUCUCCCCCAUAUACUAUGUUAUGUUCACAUCUCUUACGAUCUUGGCAAGCGUGAUCAUGUUCAAGGAUUGGGAUAGGCAGAAUCCUUCCCAGAUUAUCACGGAACUCUGUGGAUUUGUGACAAUCCUUUCUGGAACCUUUCUUCUUCACAAAACCAAAGACAUGGUUGAUGGUCCAAUACCUCUCUCAGUGCGAUCUCCGAAGCACAUGGAGGAUGAGGAAGAUGGUAUAGAUAGCGAAAGCAUUCCCUUGAGACGACAAGACACUAGUACGAGGUCUCCAUAAUGUAUUUUUUUGUCAUUUUUUGGUCAUAUUUCUACAAUUUUCGGCAUUGAAUCCACCACAAGUACAACCAUGGAUGGAUAGAGCAGGAAAUGGGGCAUCUUGUUUAGGUAGGAAGAAAUCGGUUUUGGAAAUUGGGAACUUCCUCCCUCUUGUAAUUGUUGUAAGCGCAUUGGUUUCGUCCUUCAAAAUGCAUCCUCUUUUCCAUCUCUUAAAUGUUUGAUAACCCUCCAGAGCCUUGUGCCAAAAUAGAACAUUAAUGGUUUGGUUG